UGUCAUGAGGGGACAAACCAUGGUACUCUUAGCGGUGACAGCAGACUUAUGCAGUUCUGUGGCUGUUUGCUGUUUUCCUGCCUGCUGCUCAUCACGCUGUUGCACUGCAGCACUGACGGCUUCAGAGUCCAACAGCGUGUAGACCGGCGCACCUUGAGGGCUCCAGCACAUCUUCAGCCUCGCCCUGGAGCGGUGAAGGCAGGGGAGGAGCUGACAGCCAAGCUGCUCCGAUUGGACGACCUGGUGAGGAUGGAGAAUGAUGUCAUGGAGCCAAAGAGGAAGCGGAGUUUCCCCGGUAACAAUGCCCCGCUGGACCGCCUGUCUGUCAGCUCCAUGGAGAUCAAACAGGGAACGAACAAGCAGAGCAAGGUAGUUGAGUUGCCACGGCGACGAGUCAACCCACCUCCCGUCGACAGGAUUGGAAUGAGUCGUCUACCAAACAGCCGAGGAUAGGCCACGCCCCCUCCCUCUGACAGUCUGGCCCCUCUCUACAGCGCCCUCCUCUGGACAGAGGAGUCACCACAGAUGCAUGAAACACAGCCAAUCACCAACCGCCACGCCCACCACCUGUCAAUCAUCUACCUUCACUUCACCUGGACACCCCCGACCCCCACAGUGAUGAAUGUUUAGUGACGGUGCAUUCAGGUGCUACUUGGUAAAUUUAUGGCACGUGUCUGAGAAUGUCAGGACCAAAUAAUUAUUGAUCAGAUUUCAUGUUUACGUCUUAAUAGGAAACCUCAAACUGAUAAUUGUCACAUUUAAAAAACAUUCAAUAUCCGUCUUUAGAUUUUAUAAUUCCAUAACAUCACCGUCUGAACCUAAACAUCUCAACGAAAACUGCCACACCAAAACAUUGUGGCAGAAGAUUAACUUUUAUUAUUAAUUUAAAAUUUCAUCCUCCAUUAAUUUCUGUCCUGAAUAAUCAACUGUGGUUUCAAGAUAGCUCCUAAUUUUAAUCCAUUUCAGACUGUUUUUCUUCAGAGUUCGUCUACAGCAGUUUGUGUUAGGCAGUGGUGAAAAGUAACUAAGUACAUGUAUUUGUCAAACUGGUACAGAUAUUUUUAAAAAACUGACUUUCACAGUUAUGAUGAAACAUUCUCGCAGUUUUUUUUAGAGUGUCACCUGAAUGCACCAUCACUGCCCCUCCCUGCCUCCUGUGACUCUGACUGGAGGCGUCUGUCGCCUCAAACAUCCGACGCGACUUGACUCGAGUCUCUGCCUCGUAGUGCAGCAGGUCUGUUUACAGCAGGACGACAUGCUGAGAGACGUCUCCACUGCGCCGGACAUCACGAGAACUGGACCGACCUCCACUGCAAAUAAGUGACGACCAUGAAGCCAGUGAGAAAGAAUUUAGGGUAGAGAUGCUCCGAUUUAUCGGCUGAUCAUCGGUAUCAUCCGACAUUCACCUUUUUAACCGCCAUCGGCCACCAGCAGUUAAAAUGACAGUCACUGAUGGCCGAUGCUUUCUGUUGUGUCAGUUCAGUUUUUCGCAGGUUAAAAAUUAGUGGCCGGUUGCACAGAGCACCUGAAGUUAAGAUCGUCCAUUAAAUAAAAUCUGUUGCACAAAACAUCCUUAAGUUUUUCUCCUUAUCAUGUUCACAAGUCAACGGUGUGCUGCGUCAUUCGCCGGGUGUCAGACGCCCUCACCUGUCUACUGAACACCGUGCUGAAGUUCCCGUCCAAACGUCGCAGUUUCUUCCCACAUUCGUGUUAUUUUUGGAUCAAAUUUAUUUUUCAUUUUGUUCUUGAAUUUAUCUAGAUUUUUUCUUCCUCUGACCAAUUUGGUUUUCGUGUCUUCUUCUACCAUUUUUCUUAAAUAUCAGGCGAACUCUGAGAAUACGUAGGCGCGACAACAGGUAGCCGCUAUAGCCAAUCAGCAUUGAGAUCCUCUGGGGAUGAAUGACGCCGAGGAUGUACUGGUGGAAGUUCAUUAAUCGAUUCAGAGAUUCAUGCGCGUAUGACGUGAGUCAGUGCACAAAAUAUUGUAGUGAAAAUUCGCAUUGCAUUUUGUGUGAACACAACAUAAAGAGGGGACUUAGUAGCGGCUCUAUAGCGCCACCUCUGUGUGAAAAGGGUUUUAAACAGACAUGAGACUGGUAUCUGUCUGAACAUGUCACUGUAGGAAAGAAAGAAAAAGCCAAUCAUGUAGAACGAUUCCUUCCAAAACAAACCGGGUCAGAUGGACAGUUUAUGUAGUUCCAAUUUAAUGGACUACAACACGUCAUAUUAUCUGGAAUAUUCCUUUAAAACCUUGACCACAUCAUCACAGCUGUGUUGCCUUCACAGUCAGCUGGUUCAGGUUCAUACGAGUGCUGCUUCAGCACAUUACUGUGCGACACUGAACGGUCCAGGACGACACGCCGGCGCAGUGGAGAUGGUUUCCUCGUCAGCCAGAGGUUUAAAAAAGAAAAAAAAAAAAACUGAUCCUGUUUUUAAAAUGCUUCUUACUGCCUUUAAGUUUAAUUGUGCUUAAUAAAGAGUUAAUGAUCAC